AUGAUAACCAAUUCUGUCGGGGACAAAAUAUCUGCUUCUUUGAGAGACCUAUGGAUCAAUGCUGUUGUGAAUUGUCAAGUUCAAGAGAUUGAACUUGAGGUUGGGAUAGCUGAAGAAGAUCCAUUCUCCAGGACGGAGGAAAAUUCGAGCUUAGAUGCUCCAUCCUUUGGAUCGGAGGAAAAUCCAUCUUUUGAGUUGCCUCAGUGUGUGUUUGGUUCCAAGACAGUGAGAGUUCUUGAGUUAGAACUCCAAUACAAACGUCUUAAAGAGCCUGCUGGAGUUUUUGCUUAUCUUCAGGACCUCUGUUUGCAUUCUAUGUUAGGUUCUGAUUCUGAAAAUGCUCUAAAAAAAUUGAUUUCAACUUCCUGGCCGUCACUUUUGACUCUUGUAUCUAUGGAGGGCAUAAAAACCCUUAGGAUCAAUCAUUCCCGUUGGUGUUGUGUUUAA